GUGAGCGUACCUGGCGUUGCUAGAGACACACGGACGUGGUCAUAGUAGCAAAAUGGGCCUCUCCCGGGCUUAUCUCCUACCCCCGCCCCGCCCACAAAGCAGAAGUCAUCUCCUUCCUGACGGAUGUAGAGCAGCGGGUACCGAGUGCCCAUCUAGAACUUUGUGGCACAAGUUCCCUACCUGCCACGAAUUCCUCUGAUUCUACCGAAGCUUUCAGGAGGCUGAUUAAACGGAGAACGAGACUGGAGGGGGAACCGAGAGGCUUUUAAACGUGGAAACUUUUUGUCACUUGACAUGAAACUGGACAAUGAACUACAACAAGCAGAUGGAUAUCAUCAAUGGUGCCGCCUUGCCAGUGAUGCCAGUAGCUGAGAAGCGGGCCAUCUCGCUCAGUGCCUGGAAGGCAAUGGAAGAUGCGGUGAGGAAGAAUUUAGAAGCACGUCUAUCCACCUGCUUCGUGGGAUCCAUUCCCCAGGUGAACCAGAGAAUCGCUGAGAUGGACCCAAAUCCCGACCCAAUGGCCAACAGCCUGGCAAUUGAGAGAUUUGAGUUGGAGAAGAAGGCUUUAAGAGACAAAAGCCGCGGCAGCCCAGGAGACAGAGCCAAGAGACCAAGGAAGGUACUGUACUCCUGCACAGGCAUGGCACCCAGGACUACCAACUUUGCCUUUAUAAAAAGGAAAACAGCAGAUAAAAAUCUGCUGGCUGAGCUGUACCAGCCUCCUCAGUUUAACAACAGGAGCCCCAACGAGCUCCCCAAUGGGGUGAGUUUCUGUGACAUGGUGGGCAACGUGGUCCGGGCUGAGAAAAACCCACUGAGUGGCAAGUCUUUGUGUUCAGAUACAGAACUGGAAAAGUUUCUCUCUUCUCCUCCUGCCAGAACAAUAUGGCUGGAUAGCUUUUGGUGGCUAUUUCAUGAACGAUACCAGCCGAACAAGGAAGUUCAGAAUAAGCUGUUUGACCGGAUCGCGCGGCACUACACCUUCCUUCUGUUUCAAGGACCCAGGUCCCACUAUGAAGAGGCGCUUUUAAAAAGGCUGCCCUUUCUGCUGAGCAAAGCCGUGUACACCAGCUUCUGCUGCUGCUUCCCGCAGUCCUGGUUCAACACUCACGAAUUCAAGUCGAGCAUCUGCAACACCUUGAGCCUGUGGAUUGCAGGGACGUAUCCUUGCCCACAGAGCUAUCAAAGCUGGAACUACUCGGAGCUGGACCCAGAGAGAUUCCGGAGAGAAGAGUUAUUGCUGCAGAGAAAACGCCUGAUAAAGGGAAGAGGGUUAUCCUUGUUCUCCUGUAAGAGAACCUCUGUGCACAAGCUGGUCUGGAGCCAGAGCCCCCACCACACUCCGUUUUCUAGUACACAUCCAGCCAACAUGAGAGUCUCUCCUGCCAACCGGCAUUCAGAAAGAAGCUCCCAAAGCCAAAGUGCCAUGAAAGCCUGCAAAAGCCCUCCACUGACAUCAAACCUCUUCAACAUUUAUGGGAAGAGCCCUCUGGUUGUGUACUUCCUUCACAACUACUCCAGGCUGUACCAGCAUGGUCAGGAUGUGUUGAUAACCAGGAGAGAAAGGACCACGGUCAUCUCUGAAUCGACCCUGACUUAUGCAGAGAUCAUCAGCCUGACCCUGAGCAACAUGAAGAAGCGAAAGGACAACCUGGAGCAGCUCAACCGGCUCCACUGCAGCGAGUGGAGUUAUUUUGACAGUCACCUUAAGGAGCUGCAGGACCACUUCCUGAGGGAGGUGAAGAACACAGAGAAGAGAGCGGCGGACAGAAGGCAGGCCAGCCACACGUUCAUCCUGCCCUCCUCCUCCUGCACGGAGCAGUUGUGCCAAAAGGAAAGUAGAAGAAACGUCUGCAGAGAAACUGCCUUUGUUCUCAGUGAGACUGAGGUCGCCAAGAAGCCAAACGCUCUGCACAGAAAGAAGCCGCCCCUGCCCAGCCUCUCAUCACUCUCCUUGCAUAAAUGAAUCUUAUCCAAAAACUGGGAGAAACUUGGGAGGGGAAGCUUGCAGAAGGCAAUGGAUUUCAUCUAAAACAGAAACAGCAAA